AUGACUCUCACAAAACAACUUUUCCCUUUAUUCUUCCUCUUCCUCUUCCCUCUCCGACACGCCUCGAACCCUCAAAAAUGUCCUUCAUCCUAUAUGGAUUCAUAUUUUAAUAGAUGUGAACGAUUUGGAGUCUCCAUUCGUUUUCCCUUCUGCGGCCAUGCAGGAUUCAAUCUCCUCAACAACCUCAAUAAGACAGUCCUAGAGCUUCCCAUGUCCGGGACAUUUCUUGUCGAAGAUAUCAACUACUCAAAGCAGCAGAUUUUUCUCAGCGACCCUGGAGACUGCUUGGUUAAACGGCUUUUAACCUUAAACACUUCAGGAUCUCCAUUCUCUAAUGGCUUCAGCGUCUACUACACGUUCUUGAAAUGUCCUAAUGAGCUCGUGAUCCCGUCCUGGUAUCCGCCUAUACGUUGCUUAAGCAAUUCUACGACCUCCUUCUUCGCCACGUCUAACUUGUCUUUAGCAAAUUCGAUGCUGCCUUCUUGCCAGGUCGUGAAGAGACUAGCUGUUCCGGUUAGCAUGGUAUUUAAAGACGUGAUAUUUAAAGAGAGAUUCGCUGGUGUGAUCAACUAUGUAAACCUUGAGCUAGAAUGGAGCUCGCCGAAUUGCAAGGGUUGUGAAAAGCAAUUGUUGAGAUGUGGUUUCAAGAACAAGGCAUCCCUUGAAGUCAAAUGUUUCGCUGAUAAAUCCGGUCAUUUAAGCACUAGAUUACGAGUACUAAUUAUAAUUUUCUGCACAAUCGGAGGUUUCACUCUCUUUGCUACUUGUAUUGGUAUCCGUAUAUACCGAUCUGAGAGGUUUGUCACUCAGAGAAGACUAAAUGCAGCUAUCGCAGACAGAACCAUAACUCCACAACCAAGAGAGGUUGUGGUCACUAGAGGUCUUGACCAGUCUACAAUAGAAUCAUACAAGAAAGUGGAGUUGGGAGAAAGUAGAAGGCUCCCAGGUACUAAUGGUAUCAUCUGUCCCAUUUGUUUAUCGGAAUAUGCUAGCAAAGAGACCGUAAGGUGGAUACCAGAAUGUGAUCACUGUUUCCAUGUAGAAUGUAUCGAUGUGUGGCUCAAGAUUCAUGGUUCCUGCCCUGUCUGUCGGAACUCACGCUCGUAA